AUGUUCAAUGGAUAUCAAUAUGAUAAGUAACUUACAUUUACAAAAGAGAUUGAUAAAAUAAAGAAGGAUUAUAUUACAGAAAGAUAAAAUAGAAAAGGUAUAUGAAUUUAUAUAAUACAUAGAUAUGAAUUUAAGAUUGUCAAAGAAUUAUAAAAAAAGAGUUGAAAACUUUGUUAUUAAUAUGUUAGAGAACCCUGUAGUUUGUAAUGAAUAUAAACCACCUGAAAGUUAUAAAUUUAGAGAUGAAGAUCCAACAAAAAAUUUGGGAGAUCCUUAAAUUUAUGUUAAAGGUUUUAAACAUGAGAAAGAGAGAAUAUUAGAAGCCUAAGAGAAAAAUAAGGAUUUAGAUUUUUUACCAAAUUUAAAAGUAGGAAAACAUUCCUUUAGAGAAAGAGAUCCAUCUAAAGAUAUUAAAAGAGAUAUAUUUAGAUAUAGAGAUAAAACAGCUUUGGCAAGAAUUGAAUAAUAUCUAAAAGAUCAUACAUAAUCAUAAGUAGAGAAUAUGAAAAUUGAUCAUAAAAAAAUAAUAAGUUUAGAAAACUUUUCAGAAGGAAUGUCACCUUUAGAAAGAAGAGCAUAUUUAUCUAGAUUGAUUGCAAAGAAUUUAUUACCAUCAUUACAUAAUAAAACUCAUUUCUAAGCAGCAUAAACAAUGUUCAAUAAUUUACCAUGUAUAUAUAUAUAUAUCUAUAUUUAAAGUAACAUUGAUGGAACAUACAAGAUCAUAACCAUUAUUACAUACAUAAGAGGAAAAUAGAAAAAAACCAUUGUAAUCUUCUGAAAAAUAAAGAUUGAUGUCUUAAGAGGCACCAGCAAGAAUUGAAGAUAUUGGAAGUGAGAAGGAUAAAAAAUAAGGAAAUGAAAUGGAAACAUUUAAUCCUGUAGAGACAUCUAAAAUGAUAUUAAAAAAAUGUAAUGUUGUUAAAGAUAAGAAUCCUAAAGUAAUAUUUAUUAUGAAUAUAAGGUACCUACAUUACAUUAAGGUUCUGGUCAUCUAAUAUCUACAAUGGAUAAAUCAAUAUAGGAUGUUUAUAGAGAAUUAUAUCAUGUAGAUUUUAAGAAAUAUGAUUGA